CUUCAGCAAGCGGCAAUCCAUUGCAACGCCAUUCUUCAGCGAUAUAAUGCCAUGUGAUCGCUUUCUUCUGUUGUGCAAAUUUUUACACUUUGCAGACAACACCAUGAUGGAUCCUGGCAUUCCAAAUGUGUCCAGGAAGCUCUACAAGCUGUACCCUAUCCUAAACCAUCUGCGCCAGAAAUUCAAGUCUGUGUACCAGCCAGAGCAGGAGAUUGCAAUAGAUGAAUCGCUCAUGAUGUGGAAAGGCCGCCUUGGCUGGAAACAGUACAUUCCAUCAAAGCGAGCACGCUUUGGCAUCAAGUCCUACGAGUUGUGCGAAUCCCAAUCUGGCUAUAUUUGGGAUUUCUUCAUCUACACCGGGCAAGACACCGAAUACCGUGCUGAGUACCGUGAUAACCCAUCAAUGGGAGCCAAGGUCGUCCUCUCGCUUGCACAUCCUCUCCUCGAUCAAGGAUAUGGGAUAAACAUGGACAACUUCUUCAGUUCUCCAGUCCUGUUUGACUUCCUGUGUCAGCAUGAAACAGAUGCUGUAGGUACAAUCAGAUCCAACAGAAAAGGCCUACCUGUCCAGAUGAAGCAGAAGCGGUUGAAAAAGGGGGAAAGUUGUGAAUACUACCGUGAUGACAUUGACAUUCCACAAGGCCUCAAAACAAAGAUUCUGUUCAUGAAAGACCACAAUUGUGUCGACAACAUUGAGAAGCUCUACUUCUCUGUUGGCUACGAGGCAAUCUGCAUCUUCUGUGGCAGGGCCAGGGAUGAGGUCGAGGACACCGAAGAUGACUGCUUCCCCUACUGUGCAAACUGCUCUCACAAGCAGCCUCUGAGGCGCUGAAGCAA